CCUCACUUGGCCGCCGCCGCCGCGACCCCCGCCCGUAACUGGGCUUCGCGCCCGCCAAGUGGGCCCAGCCCUGGCUCCUGCACCCUGUGGCGGCCACCUCCAUCGCCUUACUUUCCCUUCGGGCACUGGGGGUCGCUCAGGGCGGGACAUGGGUGAACGGAAGUGGAAGCUGUGAGCGUCCCAGCCCGAGGCGCUGAGGCCUGAGGCGCCGUCGGGGCCACCGCGACGCUCGCAUGGAGAGCGCUGGGUGCUGGGCUGCGCACCGACGGCUAACCCGGACCCACGGUCUCUGCGGGGCGGGAGCUUUGCAGAACCGACUGGCCGACCGGGGAGCGGGAACAUGAGGCUUGGCCAGGAGCCCGCCGCGGGCCAGGCGCGCGGUGCGCAGGCCUACCCGGGUCGCGGGUGAACACCGCGGAGCCCCGGGAUUUGCCUGUCGUUGUUGGUGGCGGCAUGGUCUUCUGUCUGUCGAGCGAGGAACCGCGCCGCCCGCUACGAAGCGACAUGGUCCACUUCCAGGCCUCGGAAGUCCAGCAGCUGCUACACAACAAGUUCGUGGUCAUCUUGGGGGACUCCAUUCAGCGGGCUGUGUACAAGGACCUGGUGCUCUUGCUCCAGAAAGACUCACUGCUCACAGCUGCCCAGCUGAAAGCCAAGGGGGAGCUGAGCUUUGAACAGGACCAGCUGGUGGCUGGGGGCCAGCUGGGCGAGCUACACAACGGGACACAGUACCGUGAGGUCCGCCAGUUCUGCUCGGGCUCUGGCCACCACCUUGUGCGCUUCUACUUCCUCACUCGUGUUUACUCCGAGUACCUUGAGGAUGUUCUGGAAGAGCUGACAUAUGGACCUGCUCCGGACCUGGUGAUCAUCAACUCCUGCCUCUGGGAUCUCUCCAGAUAUGGUCGCUGCUCAAUGGAGAGCUACCGCAAGAACCUGGAGCGGGUGUUUGUGCGCAUGGACCAAGUAUUGCCAGACUCCUGCCUGCUGGUGUGGAACAUGGCGAUGCCCCUCGGGGAGCGUAUCACUGGGGGUUUCCUCCUGCCAGAGCACCGUCAUCGGGAUGGUGUCCACUGGGACCAGCAUGCACACCGCCACCUCUCACACCUGCUUCUGACCCACGUGGCUGACGCCUGGGGCGUGGAGCUGCCCAAGCGUGACUAUUCCCCUGACCCGUGGAUUGAGGACUGGGCAGAGAUGAAUCAUCCAUUCCAGGGAAGCCAUAGGCAGACCCCAGACUUCAGGGAGCACCUGGCCUUGCUCCCACCCCCACCCUCUCCUUUGCCCCCUCCCAUGCCUCUUCCCUACCCACUUCCUCAGCCCUCGCCACCUCCCCUCUUCCCACCCCUGCCCCAGGAUACCCCUUUUUUCCCAGGCCAGCCCUUCCCACCCCAUGAAUUCUUCAACUAUAAUCCAGUGGAGGACUCCUCGAUGCCACCCCACUUAGGAUGUGGCCCUGGAGUGAACUUUGUGCCUGGCCCUCUGCCACCUCCAAUCCCUGGCCCUAAUCCCCAUGGUCAGCACUGGGGCCCAGUGGUCCACCGGGGGAUGCCACGCUAUGUUCCUAACAGCCCCUACCAUGUGCGGAGAAUGGGAGGGCCCUGCAGGCAGCGGCUCAGACACUCAGAGAGACUGAUCCACACAUACAAACUGGACAGACGGCCUCCUGCCCAUUCGGGGACAUGGCCUGGGUAGACUGGAUCUUGGGCUGGGACUGGAUGUGCCAAUGGCCCUGCAGGGCGUGCCUGGCACCUCAGGUACUGGGCUAGGGUGUCUGCUAUGCCUGGUAUUGUUCUUGUCCAUUGCUGUCACCAAUAAAGGCAUGGAAGAACAGAGUGACAAA